AUGAGGCUGCGCCCUCCCUCCCGGGCCUCCGCCCUCGGUGGACCGCGGAGGCCCCUUCCUUCCCCGGUGGAGCUGCAGAGCCUGCGGGACCCCGGGGCCGAGCGUCCCGCUCCCCGGGCAGCGUCAGGCGGGGGCGGAGGAUGCUCUGGGGAAGCAGGAAGGACCAGGGCCCGCGGCCCGCCUCCCUGUCCCGUGUCGCCGGCGGUGCGCGGCUCCGCCCCCGGCCCGGCCCGGCUCCGCCCGCCAGGCCCGUUAGUAGAGCUCGGGGUCGCCGCCGCCGCCGCCGCCAUGGGCCGGGCCCGGGGGGCCGAGCGCGAGCCGCGCAGCCCGGGCGCCGUCCCCGUCCCCGGCCCGGUCCCCGGCCCCGCCGCGCCCCCGCGCCGCCGCGCCCGCGCCCUGGCGCUGCUCGGAGCCCUGCUGGCCGCCGCCGCCGCCGCCGCCGCCGCCCGGGCCUGCGCUCGCCUCGCCGACAUCCAGGCGGCCGCGCGGCAGGAAUCAGCACUGAAGGUUCUGGGGACAGAUGGGCUCUUUCUCUUUUCCUCGCUGGACACGGACCAAGAUACGUACAUCAGUCCGGAGGAGUUCAAGCCCAUUGCUGAGAAGCUGACAGGGUCAACGCCUGUGACCACGUACGAGGACGAGGAGCUGCCUCCUGACCCCAGUGAGGAGACGCUCACCAUAGAAGCCCGAUUCCAGCCCCUGCUCCCGGAGACCAUGACCAAGAGCAAAGAUGGAUUCCUAGGGGUCUCCCGCCUCGCCCUGGCGGGCCUCCGCAACUGGACGACAGCAGCCUCACCGAGCGCGGUGUUUGCUGCUCGCCACUUCCGGCCCUUCCUGCCCCCUCGAGGUCAGGAGCUGGGCCAGCCCUGGUGGAUCAUCCCCAGUGAGCUGAGCGUCUUCACAGGCUACCUGUCCAACAACCGCUUCUACCCACCGCCGCCCAAGGGCAAGGAGGUCAUCAUCCACAGACUCCUGAGCAUGUUCCACCCGAGGCCCUUCGUGAAGACCCGCUUUGCCCCCCAGGGUGCGGUGGCCUGCCUGACCGCCAUCAGUGACUCCUACUACACCGUGAUGUUCCGGAUCCACGCGGAGUUCCAGCUCAGCGAGCCUCCUGACUUCCCCUUCUGGUUUUCCCCGGGCCAGUUCACAGGCCACAUCGUCCUCUCCAAAGAUGCCACCCACAUACGUGACUUCCGGCUCUUUGUGCCCAAUCACAGAUCCCUGAACGUGGACAUGGAGUGGCUGUAUGGGGCCAGUGAGACCAGCAGCAUGGAGGUGGACAUUGGCUACCUACCACAGAUGGAGCUGGAGGCCGUGGGCCCCUCUGUGCCUUCUGUGAUACUGGAUGAGGAUGGCAACACGAUUGACAGCCGACUGCCCUCGGGGGAGCCCCUCCAGUUCGUGUUUGAGGAGAUCAAAUGGCAACAGGAACUGAGUUGGGAGGAGGCUGCCCAGCGCCUAGAGGUGACCAUGUAUCCCUUCAAGAAGGUCAACUACCUGCCAUUCACAGAGGCCUUUGACCGAGCCAAGGCCGAAAACAAGCUGGUGCACUCGAUCUUGCUGUGGGGGGCCCUGGAUGACCAGUCUUGCUGAGGUUCAGGGCGGACUCUCCGGGAAACUGUCCUGGAAAGCCCGCCCAUCCUUGCCUUCCUCAAUGAGAGCUUCAUCAGCACCUGGUCCUUGGUGAGAGAGCUGGAGGAUCUGCAGAACCAGCAAAAGAACCCGUCCCACCAGCAGCUGGCGGGCCUGCAUCUGGAGAAGUACAGCUUCCCCGUGGAGAUGAUGAUCUGCCUGCCCAAUGGCACCGUGGUCCACCACAUCAAUGCAAACUACUUCCUGGAUAUCACCUCCAUGAAGCCCGAGGAUGUGGAAAACAAGGUCUUCAGCUUCUCAUCCACCUUUGAGGACCCAUCCACGGCCACCUACAUGCAAUUCCUGAGGGAAGGCCUCCGCCGCGGUGCGCCUCUCCUGCAGCCCUAACUCAUCUGGGCCUGCAGGAAAUUGCAAUAGGAAUCAAGGAGCCCUACCCAGCAGGCCAUGCCACCAGCAGCAUGUCUAUCUGUCUGGAGCCCUACAUCCUGGCCGUUCCCUGGGCUGUCUCCUAUGCUUAGUGUCCCCAACUGGGGUCAUUCUCAGCUGAUACGGCCUUCUAGAACCUGUGGGCAGAGCUCUCCUGAAGAAAAGGAAAUCACACUUGUCACAGCACUGCUUCUCAGAGCACUCCACUAAUGACCGGCCCCAGGCCUGUUGGGGACUUGGGGACAUCCUCUGUGAAGUAGGUUCUGUCUUUAACUAGAGGGCCUUGUGGACUAAGACAUUCGUGUUACCUGCCCUCGCACAGGGUCACAGUGGGACUGCUGGAGCCAGUGCCCCCAUGACACCUCCUGCCCCUGUAGCCCCCACUCCCUAGAAGUAUAACCUAGCCAAAGAACACAGCCUCCCCAAGACUCAACCUGUCCCAGCUACUGGGGAUACCAAGACCAGCUCCUCCACUAUGGGGUGGCCAUCCAUUCUCUUUGGCCAGUAUUGGGGCCUUGGUCCACAUUCUGAGCCACUCACCAUGGCCAGUCUUUUUUUGUUUGUGCGUUUCGUUUUAUACAUGAAGUGUUUUUAUAUGAACUUUCUCACAAUUUGUAGGUAUUUUUUAUAACUCAAAUUCUAAGGAGAAAGAAGAGAGCAAUGGCUUCCCUCAGCAGCUGCUCCAUGAUAGCUGGGUCUGAAAUCGCAGAUGGAUCCAGUCUGAUGUCCUCGCAGUUGCACACAUGGAAAGAAACAGACCUCUCUUCCUUCUUCUCCCUCCCCCUGCCCAUCUUUCUACAAAAAAAAGAAAAAGCCCUCCAGGGAUCAUUAUGUCGUACUACCCUGCCCCCCCCCACCACAGGCCCAUGGGUGCCUUGGGCUUCAUUCAUUAAGGCCUUGACAUCAACCAGUCCCCUAUGUGCCCAGUCCUCUCCUUAUCCCAUUGCCCUACCAGGGGCUCAACCUGAGACCUGACAGAGGAAGAAGGCAGGCUUCACCUCCGACCUGCCCCCUGCCUGACAUUAAUGUCCCCCUGUGGAGUCUCUCCAGUCUGUGCCAGGGCUAACAACAGCAGCCGGUUCCCAGAGCCUUCUGUCUCCAAGGCACUUGGCUAAGAUUACAGGCAUUUUCUCAUUCAAUUCUUACAACGAACCUGGGAAGUAGAUAAUUAUUUCCCUCUGGCAGAUGAAGAAACUCAGGAAAGUGAAGUGACUCCCCAGGGUCAGUCAGACACUAAAGUUGAGAUUCAAACCCACACAUGACUAAAUGCUGUGUCUUGGUUUGGGGAUGCUCUGUUUGACACUAUAUCCCUGACCCUCUCCCUGGGAUAGUGAGGAAAACUUUGUCCUGUCCCCUAGUCUGCAGAGCCAGCAGCUCUUGUCAGGUUCUCUGACCUUCUGGGAGGCAGUGCUUCCGUGAUCCGUACAGAGCCUGCUCUGUGCCUCCACCAUCUUGUAGACAUGAGCUCACAGCCCAUGUCAAGCACCAGUUGCUUGAACUUUUGGAAUCUUCAUGUGACAUCUGUCCCCUCUCCUACUUGCCCUCUUGUCACUCUUCUGCCUCUUGCCUCCCCUGUCCUCACCAUGUCCUACAAUAAAAUUGGAGAGACUA